CCCCUCCCCCCUCCCGCAGCGCAUGCGCACAGAGCAGCAGGGGAGACUCAUCGCACAUCCAAAAUGGCGGCCGCGAUGGAUGUGGACACCCCCAGCGGYACUAACAGCGGCGCCGGCAAGAAGCGCUUCGAAGUGAAGAAAUGGAAUGCAGUAGCUCUGUGGGCAUGGGACAUUGUGGUUGAUAACUGUGCCAUUUGCAGAAACCAUAUUAUGGAUCUAUGCAUAGAAUGUCAAGCAAACCAAGCAUCAGCUACCUCUGAAGAGUGCACAGUUGCAUGGGGCGUCUGCAAUCAUGCUUUCCACUUCCACUGCAUCUCUCGCUGGCUCAAAACUCGCCAAGUAUGUCCGUUGGACAACAGGGAAUGGGAGUUUCAAAAGUAUGGACAUUAGAGAGAUGGUCACUAAGCUUCUUGUGUCAUCAGCCUGAAUUGUUCAUCUCAUUACGGGUUUGUUUUAGCAAUUUGAAAAAUGUGUAUACUGUUCUGCUUCAAUCUGAGUAUCUCUCUA